AUGAAGUCUUCUAUUGGUAUCAAUGCAGAAUUCGUAAAUCGAAAAACACCCAAGGAUGAUGCGACUUUUCAGUUGGAUGCAAAAGAAGCAGUCGGCUCUGCUUGUGAACCAGAAAACAAUUCUGCUUGUGAAAUCACAAGAGAAAUUAGUGAAGUUGAUAAUGAUUCUGAAGGAAAGCCCACAAAUGAUACAGAGAGGUCUCAGCAAUUAGUGGAUCAAUUGAAUAGGCUAGAACUAUCAGUAGAGCCGGAAUCUUCUAGGGUUUCCUCGUCUAAUACAAGUUCUGGAGGAUCGUCUUCAGUGAGUUUAGCACCUAAAUGGAUUUAUGGCACAACAUUUCCUCUUUUAAAUGCGUCAAGAAAUAAUUAUUCGUCGUCGGGCUUGUGUUUAAGUGAGAGAGGACAAGUUGCCGUUGCGCAGCCUGAGCUAAUUCAGAAUUUCUUAUUGCCAACCACAAGUAUGUUGCAAGAAAAGAUUGUUGGAUACAGGGAAAGUAUCGGAAACAUAUUAUCUCAGGAUAUAACUGAUGUGAAUGAUUUUGCGAACCCUUUGCUUGUAAUUACAGGUCCUAGUUUCAUUACUAAUGCUAAUCAAGUGAAGGCAUGUGCGAAAUGGGUGGGCACAAUGAAUGGUAAAGAAUUUCAUGAUAUGCCCACUGGAAUCUUACCUGGCAAUGUAUUAGGCUUAUAUCAAAGUUCCAAUAAACUGAAACUCAAAAAUAUAUUAUUGUCUUUGAGAACGAAUUUAACGAAGUACAACCAUGGUUACAAUGAUCCAUCGUUUUUAAGAGGCACCAAUUCAAUCAUGACGUACGAAAUUGAACAGGGAAUUCCAAUAUGUAGAGCAUUACUUUGUGAGUUAGCAGAGAUUUGUCCUAUAGUUGGCGAGACUUCUGACACCAUUACACCUCAGUAUUUCUCAGACUUAUUCUGUUUAGGUAUUUUGAGCAGUAGAUUGAGUGAAUCACAGCUACAUCGAGAGCUUGUAUCUGGUGCAUCAUAUGCGGUGGGAUUCCACACUCUGGAUGCUACAAGUUGUUUUGAUAAAGAGUAUUAUACUCAUAAAAUUACUUCGGCCUUGGAUGCAAUGUAUGCUUCUUCCAAUCCUCAUCAAUUUUUAUCUGUUACUAAAGUUGGAACCGUUGCAGUCGUCGGGACGAUUGGUAAUGAUGAGACGUUUAUAAUAUUACAGAUAAACCUUGAGUUGGACUACACUGAAAUCGAACAUAUUAUCGAACAGGUACACAAUUAUUCGAAGUUAAAUAUUACAAAACCAAAGAUUAUGCUAGAUGUUGGGAAAAUAUCCAAUAAAGAAUAUCAAUUGAAAAUGAGUCUAUUACGUCAACUUCUAGUUCUGAAUAUCGAUUUAAAAUAUAAGAUAAUAGGUGUUAUUAUUGAUAGUGGCAACAACUAUAUUUCAGAUCGUUAUACAAUUGAUUUGAAUGAAGAAUCCUAUAACACAGACUAUGGGGUUUAUAGAAAAACAAACGAUAAUGAUAACUCUGAGAGCAUCAUGAACCAUCAGAUGUUGAUUGGCUUGAAUAAUUAUUUUGUCAAAAAUAGGAUGCACGAUAGUAUAUCAUCUUCACAACAAUCCCAUAGAGAGGAGUUAUCAAAUUCAGUUCCCGAAUUUGACCCAUCGUUAAUAAACUUGGAUAAUGAAUACGAAUAUUUUAUUAAUGCAGAUAAAUUCAUCCAGGAAUUAGACGACAUAAGUGGUCUAAGAAUCAAUUCUUGA